AUGUCAUUAUCCAUGGCUUUUGUAAAUUUCAAGACAAAGGAUGUGAGUUUAAUCAUGAGACACAUAACACCACAGAGAUCCAAUACAUUUCCACAGUUUGGCAAUCAUAAUUUCUAUUCAUCUUCAGACCCUUAUUAUUAUAGUCAGCCACCUAUUCUUCAAUACCAUCAAUAUCCACCUACUCUACCUCAUAUCUCUAAUUUAGCUACACAACAACGCCUAGUUCAAUCGUUCUAUAUUCCUGAUAACCUAAGGGAACAAUUGAUCAAAAGAAACGAAUCUACACUCAUGACAGCAGUUGGCAAAGAAACAGGUUUGCCUGAAGAAGUCCAUGUCUAUCAUUCUCUAUAUCCCUUAGAAGACAAACCAGGUCAUUUACUGGGUCAUGCUUCUUGGGUCUAUAAGGCUAUCUGUAAAACCAAUGGCAAAUACUAUACACUGAUUCGAAUUGAAGGGUUUCGAUUAGUGAACGAACAAGCCAUGCAUGUCAUUAAACAAUGGCGUAAAAUGAAGCAUGCCAAUAUUGUAUCCAUUCGAGAAGCAUUUACCACAAGAGCCUUUGGUGAUUCAUCCCUGAUAUUUGUCUAUGAUUAUCAUCCUUGUUCCAUCACCUUGUCGGAAGCUUAUUUCUCUCCUCAUGCACAGGCCAUGUUACAUGCGCGAUUCCAAGCAGCUGGGAUGAAUGGUAUUCCGGUGCCUGAAACUACGCUGUGGAGUUUUAUCACUCAAAUGGCUUCUGCUCUUCAAACUGUUCAUCGUGCAGGAUUGGCUGCCAGGAAUAUCAAACCCAACAAGAUUAUCAUGACCAGUAAGAACAGACUACGUAUCUGUUGUACUGGACUCAUGGAUGUAUUACAAUAUGAUGGUACACAUCAACAAAAGAUAGCCAUGCAUCAACAAGAAGAUCUACUCUCCUUGGGUCAAUUGAUUGUAUCGCUUGCCUGUCAUACACAGACAACUCAUGUCUCGUCUUUUGAACAUAUCUCUCGGUUUUAUUCGCCUGAUUUAAAGAAUGUCAUUUAUUAUUUACUAGGUAAACCAUCACAUGAUAAAUCAAUGGAUGAUGUGAUCAGUAUGGUCGGUCCUCGUAUGCUACAUGAAUUCAAUAGUAGUCAAUAUUAUACAGACACAUUAGAAGCCAAUCUGAGUCAUGAAUUAGAGAACAGUCGACUGGUUCGAUUACUGGUCAAACUGAACUUUAUUAAUGAACGACCCGAAUUUGAUCAGGAUCCUGCUUGGUCAGAAUCAGGUGAAAAAUUCAUGAUCAAGUUAUUUCGAGAUUAUAUCUUUCAUCAAGUCAAUGAAGUAGGUGUGCCUAUGGUAGAUAUGGCCCAUGUCAUUGCUUGUCUCAACAAGUUGGAUGCUGGUGUAGAUGAAAAGAUAUUGUUGACUUCCCGAGAUGAUCAAGCGUCUAUCAUUGUUACAUACAAAGAAUUAAAAGCAUGUAUUGCUUCAGCAUUUAAUGAUGUCUACAAUAGAAAGCAAUAA